UGAAACAAAAAAUCUACAGAACUCGUAACUGCUAUUUAUCCUUUUUAUCUGAUUAAUCUAAUAACGUUGUGGUGUAGCCUUCACUAUUUGUUUUUAUUUAAAGAAAAAUUGGAUUAGAUCCAAGAAACGUGUUUAAAACUAUUGUUUCUCGAUCACUGUAAAACUUUACAUUUUAAAACCGAUUACUUUCUGAAUGUUCUUUCAGUAUGACUUCUGUCAUCAUGCAGUCUAAAUAACCUUUCGUCAUUGUGAAUUGAUUUGGCUGAUCGCUACUUGGUUAGUUACCCGAAAAUAUAACUGCGGAUAUUAUUAAUAUGGCGAAGGAAGAAGACGAUGACAAUUUGCCAGAUAAAGAUGCUGCGAAAGAAUUUUAUGCGAAAUACGAACCGAAGGAAAUCAUAGGAAGAGGUAUAAGUUCCACUGUGAGAAGAUGCAUAGAAAAGGAAACUGGCCAUGAGUUUGCUGCUAAGAUAAUAGAUCUCAGUCAGGAGUCACAAGAUGGUGUUGACACUCACAUAAUGAGAGAUGCUACUCGACAAGAGAUUCAAAUCCUUAGAAUGGUCGCUGGACAUCCAUACAUUAUUGAAUUACAAGAUGUGUUUGAAUCUGAGACGUUCAUCUUCCUUGUCUUCGAGCUAUGCAAGAACGGAGAGCUGUUUGAUUAUCUGACGUCUGUGGUGACACUCUCAGAGAAGAAGACUAGAUAUAUCAUGAGGCAGGUGUUGGAAGGUGUUCGUCAUGUGCACAGCAAGAACAUAGUGCAUCGGGAUCUCAAGCCGGAAAAUAUUCUAUUGGAUGACCAGCUUAAUGUCAAAAUUACAGACUUUGGUUUUGCUAAGGUGCUCAACGAUGGAGAGAAAUUAUUCGAACUGUGCGGUACCCCUGGCUACCUGGCUCCGGAAACGUUAAAGGCCAAUAUGUUUGAGGACGCGCCAGGUUACGGGAAAGAAGUCGAUAUCUGGGCGUGUGGCGUCAUCAUGUUUACUUUAUUGGUAGGUUGCCCUCCAUUUUGGCAUAGAAAGCAAAUGGUUAUGCUGAGAAAUAUUAUGGAGGGACGAUAUUCUUUCACCAGUCCUGAAUGGGCGGAUAUAUCAGAGGACCCAAAAGAUCUAAUUAGAAGGCUCCUGGUAGUGGAACCGAGCGAACGUAUCGACGUCCAUGAAUCUUUGAUGCAUCCAUUCUUUAAUACAGUGUUGUGGGACCAGGACAUGACGCCGCUCAAGAAAUCGCUGUCCGGAACCAGCCGAAGGAUGUCCAGGAUUGAGCAAUUGUCUAUGGCAAUAAAGUCGGGAGGUUUCAAUGCGCGUGCUAAGAUACGGCUUGCGUUCGUUGUGGUGCGCGCUGCCGUACGUUUGCGUCGUCUGCCCCAUACAUCCGCACGCGCUGUAGCCCUGGUCGAUGCUCUCCGUGAUCCAUACACCAUGCGAGCGUUGAGGAAGGUUAUCGAUGGUUGCGCAUUCCGAGUGUACGGCCACUGGGUGAAGAAGGGCGAGGGCCAGAACCGAGCGGCGCUGUUCGAGAACAUGCCCAAGACGGAGCUGAAGAGCCUGUACGUCAGCAACCUGAGCCGAUAACCGUCGCGCUGCUGCUUCUGGAUGCACUUCCUUUAUACUCUGUUCUCCUGAUCCUUUGGAGUGAACGUGUACCAGGGUAGCAUCGCCACUGAAGAAGUCUAGCUGCAGCGCGCUGCUCACGUCCUUGAAGUGUGAUGUAGGUUAGUGUAGAAACGUCGACACCUCUAGUACCCUAGUAAUUUAAUUACCAUUUAUAUACAAAAGUACGUAUUUACUGUAUGUACAUCGCCGUUGCAGUGGCGUUACGUUGAUAAAACGUAAACUAGUCGACAAUAUUGCCAUCCCUCUCAUUCUCUAUGGAAACGACAGAGAUAGCAAUAAUCGUCACGUUUGACUUGAUGUCGGUACAAAUCUGAUGGCAAUAAGACGUAAGAAAUAGUUAAAUUCGUUUGAUCAAAUAAAUGUUGAUUGUAGUUAAGUUGUUACUUGUUUUCUCAAUAUUUAAGUUACACAUUUAGUUAAUGUAGCAUUAAAGACGGUUUUGUUUGCUCUAGUAAUUCGGUAAUUUAAAUUUGUUCCUUGAUCUGAGCGAUAUAGAGAUUAUUUUUGUAAAAAAUUAAAUAUUCAAAACCGCCUUUAAAUGUUAGAUACAUAAUCCUAGUUUCAAUUAAAAAAAUGUACUCGAUAUACUAGAAUUUAUACAUUUUUGUAUGGAGUUUGUAAUCAGAUAGUUGGAAUUUAAAAUAUUGUAAAACCAGACUAAACGACAGCCAAUUUUGUACUAACUAAGCAUAGGUGCAAGAUUAUUAGACCUAGAUAAUAUUUAUACCUAACUUUGACCCUUAGUAAGUUUUUGACAAACAUGUGUGAAUAUUUUAAUUAUUAUAAUAUUUUGCCGAAAGAAAGACAAGCUUCAAAUAUCAAAAUGUUAAUAUUUCGGCAAUAAACUCCUGAUUUUAUUAUCCAAAAUUUAGUAUAAUUAAAAAAAAAAACAAAUUGUAUAAACAACCCAUUUAUUUUAUAUACCAAAAACUGUUUUAUUAUGUCAUAUACAAUAAAAUAUUAAAAUAAUAUCCGCUUCCUACGUAAAUAGUCGUAACCAACAAUUUUGCCAUUUACAUGUAUUAAAAAAAACUGUUGAUAUACGGGAACUAUAUUUGUAAUCCUAUGCAUAGAUCAUUUAAAAAUAUGUAACUGUUCGGUCAGUUUUAACUGAACUGUAGAAUUGUUCGGUUAAAUAUCUAAUCAAAAUAUCUGAAUUUCAAAUGACAGUUAAAAUUUACAACACGUAAUUUAUCUGAAUAUUUUAUCUAUUCUUGAGUGAAAACUGAAUUAAAAUUGAGAAUA